AUGAGUGGAGGGAGGAAGAGUAAGAGGAGGCUAGAGUGGGAGAAUGCAAAUAAUGGAAGCGAGGGCACGUGAUCGUUGAACACGGUUUCUGAUUGGUUGAAAGGAAUCAGCGCUGCUUUCCCUCUCGGCUCGACGCCCGUUCGCGUUGCCCUUCUUCCGAGGUUUCGUGCAGCUGCCCGCUCAGAAUAGUUCCAGAUGUGGCCAUGUUUAGUUUGAUCUUUGAAGUUUUCGCUCAUCGUCUCAUAAACUGAUACAUUUUUAUACAAUCUGCUGACAGUAAUACGCUCUGUCCGACCAUCGUACUUUUUCGCCUGCCUGCGACUAGUCUCGUUCAUAAAUAACAUAAUUCUUCUUUCGCUGAGAUAAAUAAUCUGAGAGUACGCGAAACUAUACACGGAGAGACGUUAAAAACGCUGUUGUCAAUCCAUCCAGGACGUACGAAUCGCGUCAAGCGCGUGCAUCAGAAACAUUUUCUUUUUUUUUUCCUUUUUUUCUCUUGAUCGAAUUCAACACAGACGCACGUCUGAUUAAUUCGCAGUUCUUUGAAAAGGCGAGACGAGGAAAUUAUUUUGUCGCUCCCUUUCUCUCUCUCUCUCUUCCUCUCACACGUGCUCUCUCCGAUAAAUUUUCAAUCGGAAAAAGGGAGCAUCGUUAUCAGACACACGCGGGGAAUCGUCAAAGUGGAAACUACAUCUUUUUGCGUUAUACUCGGCGAGAAGCUUCGAGUUGCAUCAUCGAGGAGAAAAAGCUUUUUUUUCUUUUUCUUUCUUUUCCAUCCGAUUGUUACGGGAUCUUGAAAAAAGAAAAAAGCGACGGAAACACAAAAUCGCGUGUUUCUUAUCGAGCUCGGCUCUUAUCUUUGUGUUUUAACUUUGAUGUUCAAGAGCGUAACGGGAAAAAAAGAAAUAGCUCGGAGACGCCUGUAAGCGAGAGGCUUAUCGUCGGUCGGCCAUAUGCCACGUCAGGUCAGAAUGACGUCGCAGUGAAUUCAGGCACGCGAUUAUAUUGCAAGCAAAGAGCCAUCGAGUGUGGUCGCGUCAAUCGAUCGAAUGAUCAUCGUCGGGCCACAGUGCUAUAUCAUACGGUACAAAACACGAUCGAUCGGGACAAAACAAUGGCAUUAGAGAGUGUUUCCGCGGCCGAGACUCUAAUCCAAAGCAAUGAUGAUAAUGACUUGGAAGAUGGGGAAAUUCCAUCCGAUGAAGAUGAUGAGCCUCUACCACCACCAAUACAUAAUGAGGUCAAUAAAAGUGCAUCAAAAGCAGAUGUACAGAAAAAUAAAACUUUUGAUUCUAAAUUUAAUAAAAAUAAAAAAUCAAGUGUUCAAGGAAGUAGCAAGCAUGAUAGAUUUUUAAAAUACAAAAAUCCUUCAGAAGAUUGGGCAGGAGAUGUAGAAAAAGCAAUUAGGGCAGCAUUGGAAGAAGAUGGUGCUAGAAAUCAAGAUUCCAAAUCUAAAAGUAAAAAUAAUAGAAAUAAGAGUAGAAAAAGAAUAAGGGAUGAAAGGGAGGAGGACCGUAAUAAAGAUCAAAAGAGAAGAAAAGUGAGCGAUGAUGAAAAUGUUAAUGAAGAUGACGAUGAAAUGUUAUUUGUUAGGGGUGCUUCACCUAUUAGGAAAGAUUCGCAAGAGAAUAAUUCUCCAAGACAUUCAAACGAACAUGAAAAUUUUGAUAGUAACUCAGAUUAUGAUGAGAGGCCUAAUGUAAAUCGACAUAGAGAUAAUGAUAAUAAACGCAGUAAUUCGAGAGGAGGUGGCGGUGGAGGAGGACGUAGAGGCGGUAAAAACGAACGUGGCGGUAAAAAUAAAACCCGUGGGCAAAUGCGAAACGAUAGAAAUGGACGGAGAAAUCAAAAUAUCGAUCAUAAUCAAGAUCCAGAUGCUAUAUGCGUUUAUUACAUGCAAGGAAAGUGUCACAGAGGAGACGAUUGUCCCUUUUCACACAAUGCUUUGCCACCACGAAAGAUGGAACUAUGCAAGUUUUAUCUCAUGGAUUGUUGUGCAAAGAGAGAUAAAUGUCUUUAUAUGCAUCAUGACUUUCCAUGUAAAUUUUUCCAUACAGGAUUAAAAUGUAAUCAGGGAGAAAAUUGUAAAUUUUCUCACCAACCUUUAAACGAACAGGUGAAAGGAAUUUUAUUAAAACACUUAGAAACAGCACCAAAAGAAAUUCUUGGAGAUUUUCCGCGUUUAAGUAGAGAAGGAGCAAUGUUAAUGAUAAAUAAUACAGCAAGAACACUGGCACAAGGUCAAGAAAUUACAAAUCAAAAAAUUCCGAGUCUUUUUGAACUCAAUAUAUCAGCACCAACUAGUACUACAGAAAAGAGUAACGAAAAAGAAGAAAAAGAAGAACAAACGCAGCAACAGCAGAAAACAGUUAGAGAGAGGAAAUCAUCAGGGAAAAAAACUCGUUGGGGUUCUGACGAAGAUAGAGUUCCAUACGAACAAAUCAUGCUGCUGCAAUCAUCAGCCAAUGAGCUUGGUUUGCAACUUCCUAAUGUCGCGUUGGGUUUAGCAACUCAACAACAUCUGCAGAAACCUUUAGUACCCCAAUCUAUGCCAAAUAUGGAUUUUUAUACCGAAGCUAAUAACAUCGAAUCAAACAAAACAAAUUUAAUCAAAACAAGGGACAGAGAAGAUUUUACAAAAGAUGCAAAAAAGAAAGAUACAUCAUUACUUGAAAAUUCGAAAGACAUAGAUUUAAGACAGUUGUUAAAAGCAAAAAAGCCUCCACCUGUUGUUAGUAUAGCUGAUGAAGUAGCAAAUCUUACUAAAUCUAAGUUCGACGAGGAAAGUGAUCAAGAUGAAGAGACAGAUCUUGUUAUAGAAAUGCCAACAGAAGAUGACGAUAAACAGAAAGAUAAAGGUACAGAACAAGAAGAAACAAAUAUUGCAAACGAAGGAACUAAUAAUCACCGUGAUACUUCUUCACCAUGUGCGGAAGAACAAGAAGUACCAACUCAUCUACCAAAGAAGGCACAGGAAUUGUUCAUGCGUAUUCAGCAACAGCAACGGGCGGCUCAAGAUAGUUUUAAAAAUAUAGAAAACGAGUGCUCUGCACGAAAUACAGAUCAAAUUUUGGAAGACUGGUAUUCAGAUGACGAAGAUGACGACGACGACGAUGAAAGUGGAAAUCUUACGAUAGUUCUUUCCAAUAAAGAUACGUCGAAAGAGGAAGGUGAAUCUGCAGAAAAAACACAGAAUAUCGUGAUUAAAGAAGAAUUUCAAACUGCACCUUCUGCUCCUACUAUACCUCAACCAGCAGCUAUCGUAGACAAACUUGGAGAUCUAAGUAAAAUUGACAUUAGCGCCGAAGUAUCAAAACUACUAUCGUCAAUAAAAGCAACAACGGGUAAAUCUUCCCAACAAAAUAUAUCGGAUUAUUCUUCAAAAGCUAAAUCCUCGCCGGACAGAAUAUCAUCGGACGAAUCAAAUAUCCAAAGUACAUUCAAUACUUCGAAUCAGUUAUCAAAAAUUGAAAACGAAACAUCGAGUCCACGUUCCUCCCCUGGAACAAGUUCUGUACCUAUUUCCAGAGAUCCUCGUAUGUCUCGAGAUCCCAGACAACGUAGAGACGAACAAAAAUCAAGCAGUCCUAACAGAAUAGACAGCAAGAAGGAAUCUAAGCAUCUUAGAUUAGAAACAAGUAUCUAUAGUUCUGGUAUUACUGCCGUUGAUACUAAUAUGGACACCGAUCUCCGAACUAAGACCGAUCAAGAUCUUCGAAGAAAAGACAUGGAUUUCAGGCAACAAUUUCAAACCAGUUUUGGAGAUACUGAUCUUCGAGUUGUCGGUGCAGGAUUCACCGAUACAUCCACCAAGUCCGAUGUAGAUUUGCGACAAAUGUUGAGCUUACCGUUUAAACCCGCACCGUCGCACGUACCUUGUACGGAAAUCGACGCAAGUAUAUCUUCGCACCCUCCAAUGACAUACAAAGUAUACGUCGUUGACAUACCAAGACCCGACUAUACGGGUCUCAAGCUCACUAAGAAUGAUGCACAGGUAAAAUACGAUCCACGAUUGCGUAAAAUUUUUAGAAUUGGCAAAAUUGAAUUGGCCGAUUCUCCUAUGUCUCCGCCGCCAAUUAAAAUGGAUACUCCUAAAUCACCUCCACAAGUUCGAUCCGAUCCACGUCGAAAAGCUCUCGAGGCUUCCAAUUUAUCUUCUCAAAAUGCGAAUACUUCCAUGAUGAAGAACGUUCAACAAUCACCAAUGGAAAUGUCGAGCAUAGGAAUGGGUCCUGGUGGUAUGGCUGUUUCUCAAGGUAUGCCUGGAUCACAGGGAAUUCAAGGAGGACAAAGCAUGAUGCCAAUGGGGCCAAAUCCGAUGCUUGGAAACAUGGGUCCUAUAGGACCUAUGAUGAACGCACCGAUGGGUCCCCAAAACAUACCACCAAUGGGUAUGACAGGAAUGUCCAAUAUGCCUCCAGGAAUGACUAUGAACGGACCAGUUGUGCCUCAGAAUCAGAUGAACUUCGACCCACGUUUUAACGUUCAACGCAACAAUGGAGCUGGGUUGUUAGGCCCAGCACCUGGUGUAGGCUUUGGGCCAGAUGUUAAUGCCUCAUACGACGGUGCACCAACAUACUCCAGUGGUAAUUUUAAUAAUUUUGGUCCCGGUCCUACUCCAGUGCCUCCAGACUCUAGUAUGAUGGGAUUCAAUCCAAAUGGUCCGAAUCCAAACUUUGGUAUGGAGGGACCCGAGUGGAAUGGAGCAAAUCAAAAUAGACGUGGUGGGCGAAUCAGGCGACGAAAUCGAAAUAGGACCAAUAUCGUGACUAAUAAUUAAGGCAAUAAGCAAUUUCAAAUAGGUACAUAAGCAAAGUACCUGGUGAUAAUUCUCAUUGUAAUUUAAAUUUGUACAGCGUGCAUUAGCGAGAUAAUGCAUUCAUUUAUGGUGGUCCACAUUAAUGAUUUUUUGAUUGUGUCAAUCGUACAUGGUGUCAAAUGCUCGCUAGCGGUUAAAUAGCAAAAUAUAAAUUUAAACUAUUUGAAGAAAAAUAUUAAAAAUUGUACAUGAAUUACACACUUGGAAGCAUUUCUUUACAUAAAAUAUAAAUGUCAAUGAACGGUGUAAGUAAUGCUCAUAAUUAUGUGACAUUCUAUAUUUUAUUUAAAAAAAAUAUAAAUAAUAUCAUAUACAUGAGAAAUAUAUAUCUAUUAUGUUAUGAAUAAUAGCAAAUGAAAUUUUCAACGGAAUUAUGUAUCUGUAUAUAUUGAACAUCUUUAUCCAUUUAAAAAGACAUUUAAUAUAUAAGAUAUGAUGAAUGAAAAAUCGUUCGAUUUGUUCUUUUCUUUUCUUUUUUUUUU